AUGGCUGAUCGUGGAGGAAUUAAACGAAAAGCUCUUUCUGUUACUGACAAGUUGAACAUUUUAAAAAUGUACGAUGAAAAAAGUGUCAACAAAAAUCAAAAAGAAAUUGCAAAAGAAAUGGAUUUACCUGCAUCGACCUUACGUACAAUUUUGGCAAACAGAAGUAAAAUUGAGAGCAGUGCAAUGACUGGUAGUUGUAAACGACAAAAAAUAAAACAUGGCAAAUUCGAUGAACUAGAACAUAUUUUGUUGGAGUGGUUUAACCAAGCACGUACUUUAAAUUUACCUGUGAAUGGUAACAUUGUCACCGAAAAAGCACAUGAAAUUGCUAAACGGCUUAAUAUUGAUGAAUUUUCUGGAUCUGGUGGCUGGAUUGAUCGGUUCAAGAAAAGGCAUGGUAUUGUAUAUCGACAAAUUUGUGGCGAAGCAGAGUCUGUUAAUGACGCUGAUAUCGCUGCUUGGA